GUGCGUGCAGUAUUCGGAAAAAUAGGCCGUAAUGUGUGUGCGAGAAUCCCAAAUCCGCCACUGAAAUACGACCAGGAAGAAGGAAGGUGUCACAGCUCCAGCAAAGCUAACACCUCAUCGUUGAUCAGAAAAAAGGUUUAGGAAUAAUGGGGUUACCAAAAUGUAAACUAUUCGUAAUGAUAUUACUGUUCGCUGUGGAAAUAUCAUUCCCAGUUCAAGCCGACGAACACGAACACACGUACACAGAUAAGGAGGAGGUCGUUUUGUGGAUGAAUACAGUGGGCCCAUAUCACAAUAGACAAGAAACCUACAAGUACUUUUCUCUACCCUUUUGUGUGGGAACCAAAAAGACAAUCAGUCAUUAUCAUGAAACCUUGGGAGAAGCUCUUCAAGGAGUGGAACUUGAAUUCAGUGGAUUGGACAUCAAAUUUAAAGAUGAAGUGAUGCAGACAACCUACUGUGAGAUUGAGCUUGAUAAAGCCAGGCGGGACGCCUUUGUUUAUGCCAUAAAAAACCACUACUGGUACCAAAUGUAUAUUGAUGACCUACCUAUUUGGGGAAUUGUUGGGGAAGCAGAUGAAAAUGGAGAAGACUAUUUCCUCUGGACAUACAAAAAAUUGGAGAUUGGUUACAAUGGCAACAGAAUAGUGGAUGUAAAUCUUACAAGUGAAGGGAAAGUCAAGCUUGUACCAAACACAAGAAUUGCCAUGUCCUACUCAGUUAAAUGGAAAAAGUCUGAUGUCAAGUUUGAAGACCGAUUUGACAAAUAUCUUGAUCCAUCCUUUUUUCAACACAGAAUUCAUUGGUUUUCCAUUUUUAAUUCUUUCAUGAUGGUAAUUUUCCUUGUGGGACUUGUCUCUAUGAUACUGAUGAGAACAUUAAGGAAAGACUAUGCAAGAUACAGUAAGGAGGAGGAAAUGGAUGACAUGGACAGGGAUCUUGGUGAUGAAUAUGGCUGGAAACAGGUCCAUGGAGAUGUUUUUAGGCCUUCAAGCCACCCCAUGAUAUUCUCAUCAUUUAUUGGAUCGGGCUGCCAGAUAUUUUCUGUUUCACUUAUUGUUAUUAUUGUUGCAAUGAUUGAAGAUCUUUACACAGAGAGGGGGUCCAUGCUGAGCACUGCCAUCUUUGUCUAUGCAGCAACUUCACCAGUGAAUGGUUAUUUUGGGGGGAGCUUGUAUGCAAAGCAAGGGGGCAGGAGGUGGAUUAAGCAAAUGUUCAUUGGCGCCUUCCUUAUUCCUGCGAUGGUGUGUGGCACUGCCUUCUUCAUCAACUUCAUUGCCAUCUAUUACCAUGCUUCGAGAGCCAUUCCUUUUGGCACAAUGGUUGCUGUGUGCUGCAUCUGUUUCUUUGUGAUACUACCUCUGAACUUAGUGGGAACCAUUUUGGGUAGAAAUCUGUCAGGCCAGCCCAACUUCCCUUGCCGUGUCAAUGCUGUUCCAAGACCUAUCCCGGAAAAGAAAUGGUUCAUGGAGCCAGCUGUUAUAGUCUGCCUUGGUGGAAUCCUGCCCUUUGGCUCAAUUUUCAUCGAAAUGUAUUUUAUCUUCACCUCAUUCUGGGCUUACAAGAUUUACUACGUAUAUGGAUUUAUGAUGCUUGUUCUGGUCAUCUUGUGUAUCGUCACUGUUUGCGUAACUAUCGUCUGCACCUACUUCCUUCUCAAUGCAGAAGACUAUAGAUGGCAAUGGACAAGCUUCCUGUCGGCAGCAUCCACUGCUGUAUAUGUUUACAUGUAUUCUUUCUACUACUAUUUCUUUAAGACUAAGAUGUAUGGCUUAUUUCAGACAUCCUUUUACUUUGGAUAUAUGGCUGUUUUCAGUACAGCUUUGGGAAUAAUGUGUGGGGCUGUUGGUUACAUGGGAACAAGUGCCUUUGUAAGGAAAAUCUACACAAAUGUGAAAAUUGAUUAGAGAAUACAUGAUUAACACUGGGAAAUGUGGAUCCGCUUCAACUUUUCUAACACAAACAGGCACAAGUCGUUUUGCGAGAUUGUGGUAUUUUACUUUAUACAAAUUUUGUUUUUCAUUUCUUGAAUCAAGCCACAGAAAUAAAGAAGUCACAUGUUCAUUAGUUUUUUUUUUUUUUUUUUUUUAAUGUUUUCUAAUGUUUUCUUUUUCCUUGGGGCAAAUUGCUUAGAGUAUAUGGGGUAAUACUACAUGCGGAAUUACUCCCUUUUCCUGCAACCCUUUCGCCUCCCAAAAAAGAACACAGCUCAUUUUUGAGGCUCUCUUCAGUGAAGAGGAAAAGGUAUAUUUGAAAAUUAUGUUGCAUAAGAAAAAGGGAGUUUGCUUAACCGUUCACUGAAGUCCGACUUUUAUUUUGUAUUUAUUAGCUGUUGAGAAUGCCAUUAUUCUAUGUCAGGUUCUACGUUUUGUUUCUGAUUUUGCAAAAUGUGAUGUACCUGCUCAGUUACACUGUAUACAUCUUGAAGGCUACAUGUAUUCUAAGUUUGGUCAAAGUCAUCACCAUAUUGGGUAUACAUUAUUUUCUUUAUAGUCUAAAUUGUAAAGUCUACCCAUCCAAAGAAAUAAUGCUAAGUUUUAGUUCUGCCACAAUUAACUGUACAUGUGGGCAAAUGCUUGAGAUAGUAUGCAGAACUGUUAAACUAUUUUUGAGGUGUCUUAUCCCUUUUCCUCCCCAUACCAUUUUAAUGCUUGGGUUUGAAUUAAGUAUAUUCAUGAAAAUAAUAUCAUAGGUGAUAUAACAUGUAUAUAACCUUAAAAUAAUGUAACAUUAGUUGUAGAAUGGAAAUGUAUUUGGUUGUACAGAUUUACUAUGUUUGUUCUGUUAGGGUUAUUUUUUAAUGAACACUGCGUGCAAAAAACAAAAAAAAAAAGUUGGUGUCCUCAUCACAAGUUCAUUCUUAAAUCUUGCAUGAAGUUUUCAUUGAACUGUAUGUAUCAAUUGUUUUUUUUUUUCCCAUAAUGCCUGUCAUAUCUUGGUAAUAUGCACUGUGUAAAGGAAAAUUUAAGUAAAAAAUAUGAUUAUCUGAGAUGGUGAUGCUCACAGAAAACACACAUUACAAAUAAAACGUGACUUCAUUAUUUUUAAUUAUAAUUUAAAGCUUUAAUAGAGUCCUCCAACUCUGAUCGGUCAUGACCAUGAUUAUAUUUUUAUUUCCUUAUUUUAAAAUUUGUAAAACUGAGUUGCUGCGGAUAUACUGUACAAAACGUUACUGCACACUUAUCUGGGUGUUUCCAUUGUAGUGUUAAAUGUUUAAAAUAUUUCCAUGUGUAAUUGUGUAAAUACCAUAUGUACUUCAAACAUUCUGAAGAUAUGAAUCAAUUUACUUUUAUCUUUCCACCCACAAUUUGAUUCUUCAUAAAAAAACUGUCUAAAACGUUUUAAAAAUGAUCACAGUUGCUGUUGAGACAGAACAUAAUUGGACAUGGUUUGUAUUUUAAGAAAGGAGAAUUGAUUAAAGUUCUCAUGCUCCGAAGUUCUUUAGCUGUACAAUGAUUGUUUGUUUUUUUAUUGUACAAGAUUGACUCUUGCUUAUGUCUGGGGGGGGGGGGGGGAAAUGUGUGCACGUGCUUUUGGGGAAAUCCUGUUUAAAUCAUAUUUUCCAAUUUGUGGAAUAAAAUUAUGGUGUCAUGGGAGUUCUUCCACUGUUUAUAUUUUUGUACAGUGUUUUGAGGUGUAUUUCUCCAUAAAUCCAUCUUUUUCUAUGAAGGUAAGAAACUCUUUCUUUCUGGGUAACUUUUUCCCAUCAUAUGGAUAUUAAGAUCAGUAAUUAAUCUGAAUUCCAUUGUUUUAUACAUUUUCCAGCUUGGAUAAGUUUAACUUUAUUCCAUUUGAUGAAUAAAACUAGAAUGUAUUAA